AUGGGUAUUGUUUCAUUGUAUAUUAUGUUUGUCAGACUGGAAGGCAUGGCCUGCGGUGACCGAAGGCAUGGAAAGGAACCUGCAACGCUUGAGGAGGACAACUUCCCGGAGGGGCUACGCGUGCUCGCCGUCGACGACGACCGCGUCUCCCUCAGGGUCCUAGAGGCUGUUCUGCGCCAGUGCAAAUACAAGCCAACGGGGGUGAGGGACGGAAGAACGGCGCUAAAGCUGCUGAGGGAGAAAGGGGAGGAUCACUUCGACCUAGUUAUCACUGACGUGCACAUGCCGGACAUGGACGGCUUCCAGCUCCUCGAGCUCAUCGGUCUUGAGAUGGAUCUGCCAGUCAUCAUGCUAUCUGUGAAUGGAGAAAAGGCUACCAUGUACAGAGGGAUACGGCAUGGGGCCUGUGACUAUAUUGUGAAACCCGCGGAUAUCAAGAAGAUCAGAAACAUAUGGGAGCAUGUUGUAAGGAAAAACCAUAUCUCUGUGAUCCACAACAGCAACGACAGUGAUGAUGCUGAUCAGAGGGUGGCACUACCAGUAAUUGCUAAGGGUGGCGCAAAAAGUAAGAAGUGCUCAAAGAAGAAGAGAAAUGAUGGAGAAGGCUCUCAUGACAACAGAGGAAGAAGGCGGAAUAGCUGGAAGAAACCAAGGGUGUCAUGGACCGGUGAGCUGCACAACAGGUUCCUGGAAGUUGUCAACCGACUCGGCGUCGACAGGGUGGUUCCAAAGGUGAUAUUACAAAUGAUGAAUGUCCAUAACCUUAGUAGGGAGAACGUUGCAAGCCAUUUACAGAAAUAUCGUUUGUUUCUCAAGAGGGUCACCGAUGAUUCGUCUCAAAGCAGGAGAAAUGCCUCGUACAUGGGCAUGAGUCACCAGGGAGUCCGGCCAUCGUCAGCCCUUUGUCCCUGUGGUUCUCACAAUAUCUACGCAGCUCCUCCAUCAAUAUUAGAACCUCACGGUCUGUCUAUUCAGCCCAGGAACUGGGCCACGGGCACAGUCGGCAAUGGUUGCCUCAUGCCUGGAAGCCGCCACGCUUCGGGUCCUCCUGUUGGCCCAGUCGCAAACACAUCAGAUCAGCCAAUGCAGGAUGCAUUUCCUCGUAUCCAUUUCCGUUCUGGCAAAUCCUACCUAAGCGUCCUGCGUCAGAAACUGAUGGAGGUGAACACAAGCGUGGUGCCUUCCUCCCAUCCUGGCACCUCCUCCGGCACAGCAGAAAUGCCAAAUGGUGGACAGUUAGAACCUGCAAACCAGUUGCCGGUGCAGCCUCGAGAACAGAUCAGCCAUUUCUCCGGUCCGAUGGGCAUGGCACCUUCUGCGAUGGGCACGCAUGGCGACACCCAGCUCCCGUACCUUGUUCGGAACUGUAGCAAUCCAUGGCAAAAUAAUGUGGGGCCAUCAAGUUUUGCUGGUUCUAUGGUUGGAGCACCUCUCCUCCCAUCAUCACAAGUGAACGUCAUACUCCCCCAGAUCAACCAGACAAUCUUCGCACCCUCAUCUAGCGAGAUCGCCGUGUUUCAGAAUGAGCAGCAGAAUCAGAUGGCAGGGACCAACAUCAACAACACCACAUCAGUGGAUGUCUACAGUGAGCAGAUGACGCCAUUAUUCAACAUGGCAAGCAACGCAGCCCCAGUGGAGAUGACCAAUGAUAACUUCUCACCAAUGAAUCAGAUGAUGGUCAAUGGGGGAAGCACCAGCUCUCCAUCGCCUAACCUUCAGGCGGGCAACCCUGUUGCACCGCCGGCUCAGAUGGUUAAUGGUGGUGGAAGCAGCAGCUUUGCAUUGCCUGGCCAUCUGGGCGGCUCUUUCGCGCCGCUGACUCAGAUGCUUAAUGGAGGGGAGGGUGCAGCUGGGCAGCAAGCUUCUGAUGAUCAGCCAACCUACAGCACUUCUAACUUCCUCGAGGAUAUUUUUGCCAGCAUGGCUAGUCAGGAUUUCAAUUCAGAUGAUGUUUGGUGAAAAAUAUUAGUCCCUUUGUUCGCCCCACCUGCGCCAGAGAUGUCUCCGCAUUUUGUGCAGGCCAGAUGUUGAUCAUCAGCCCAUGGUUCCUGCACACUGUAACUGCGGAGUUGUGCGAAAAAACGCCGAAUUGUAGUAGGUAGUUAGAAGCAGGGUGUGGGCUUCUACUUUACUUCAGAUUUGUUUUAAAUUAUUCCUUGUGUUUGAAGGAUCAUAAAAUAACUUU